GUUUGAAGGAGAGAGGACGCGAAGAAUGACACUUGAGAUUCACCCAUGGAAUAAUCCGCCUCCUUGCAAAACCGUACUGUUAUUGAUGUAACACACGCUUUGAUAAGGAAGUAGAUAGUUAACUCUAGUUUGUGGAGUUCGAUAAAUAGCUAGCUAGUCCUAUAACAUGGCAGUGAGCGCAGUUCACCUCGAAUCAGAUGCAUUUUUGGUUUGCAUGAAUCAUGCAUUAAGUACCGAGAAGGAGGAAGUCAUGGGACUCUGCAUCGGAGAGGUGGACACCAACCGCAUCGUCCACAUUCACUCUGUUAUUAUUCUGCGAGGCUCAGACAAGAGGAAGGAUCGCGUGGAAAUCUCGCCUGAGCAGCUAUCUUCAGCUGCUACCGAAGCUGACUACAGGUUGGCUGAUAUGACUGGACGGCCGAUGCGUGUAGUUGGUUGGUACCACUCUCACCCCCACAUCACUGUGUGGCCAUCACAUGUGGAUGUAAGGACACAGGCCAUGUACCAAAUGAUGGACCAGGGCUUUGUUGGGCUGAUAUUCUCCUGUUUCAUUGAGGAUAAGAACACAAAAACUGGUCGAGUUCUCUACACCUGCUUCCAGUCUGUACAAGCCCAGAAAGGCUCUGAGUACGAGAGAAUCGAGAUCCCAAUUCAUGUGGUCCCGCAUGAGGCCAUUGGGAAAGUGUGCCUUGAAUCAGCAGUGGAGCUCCCAAGAAUCCUCUGCCAGGAAGAGCAGGAUACCUACAGAAAGAUUCACAGCUUAACUCACCUGGAUCCGAUCACGAAGAUACACAAUGGCUCAGUGUUCACUAAGAACCUGUGCAGUCAGAUGUCUGCUGUGAGUGGUUCCCUGCUGCAGUGGCUGGAGGACUGUUUGGAGCAGAACAGAAAGAGCAUCAUUGAGCUGCAGCUGGAGAAGGAGAGACUAACUCAGGAGCUGGCAACCAUGUGAGAGAGAAAGGUAAGGAAAAUACUUCUGUUUUUGCAGUGCCGUAAAUCUUCUCACACGAGGACAAGUGACUAAGGUAAUCUCAUCAUGGUUAAGUGAUCUGUGAGCGUGGAAUUUUAACCACCAUCUACCUGAAUCUUUCUCCAUCGUAACAAAGUUUUUUGCUCUGAACGCUUGUCUUUGCUUCCCAAUGCCGCUGUUUCCUGUUAGGUCAUGUUCUGUUUACUAAUAAACACUACUGUAUUUUUGAGACAUUGUCACAUGUUUUUUCCUUGGCACUGAGUAUUGGAUGUGUUUUUUUAAAUUUUCAUCAACUUAUAUUUAUGUUAUGAAAGGAUGUCCCCAUGUGAUUUGCUCAUAUCCAGGUAUUUGCUUAUUAAAUUAUUUUUUUAAAUGUUUCAUGCUUCUUUAUUUGUGCUCUUAGGUGUCAAAGGAGAUGACUCAUUCACUCUCUGAUUACUUGUAGUUAUGAAUGUUUUCAUGAGUUUAUGGAAAUGUACAGUGCAUUUGGGAAGUAUUCAGACCACUUUUUCCACAUUUUGUUAUGUUAUAACCUUAUUCUAAAAUGUAUUAAAUAAAUAUUUUUCCUCAAUAUACACCCAAUACCCCAUAAUGACAGUGAAAACAGGUUUUUAGAGAUGUUAGCAAAUGUAUUACAAAUAAAAACAGAAAUACCUUAUUUAUGUAAGUAUUCAAACCCUUUACUAUGAGUCUUGAAAUUGAGCUCAGGUGCAACCUUUUUCCAUUGAUCAUCCUUGAUGUUUCUACAACGUGGAGUCCACCUGUGGUAAAUUUCAAUUGAUUGAACAUGAUUUGGAAAGGCACACACCUGUUUAUAUACAGUGCAAAAACCAAGCCAUGAGGUAGAAGGAAUACACCGUAGAAACCUAAUGUAAGACAGGGUUGGGUCGAGGCACAGAUCUGGGGAAUAACAUAAAAUGUCUGCAGCAUUGAAGGUCCCCAAGAACACAGUGUGGCCUCCAUCCUUCUUCAAUGGAAAAAGUUUGCCACCACCAUGGCUCUUCCUAGAGCUGGCCUCCCUGCCAAACUGUGCAAUCGGGGGAGAAGGACCUUCAUCAGGGAGGUGACCAAGAUCCCGAUGGUCGUUCUGACAGAGUUCUAGAGUUCCUCUGUGGUGUUUGGAGAAUCUUCCAGAAGGACAACCAUCACUGCAGCACUACACAAUCAGGUCUUUAUGGUAGAGUGGCCCGAUGGAAGCCACUCCUCAGUAAAAUGCACAUGACAGCCUGCUUGGGAUUUGCCUAAAGUAUCUCAGACCCUGAGAACCAAGAUUCUCUGGUCUGAUGAAACCAAGAUUGAACUCUUUGUCCUGAAUGCCUAGCGUCAUGUCUGGAGGAAACCUGGCACCAUCCCUACGGUGAAGUAUGGUGGUGGCAGCAUCAUGCUGUGGGGAUGUUUUUCAGCGGCAGGGGACUGGGAGACUAGUCAGGACAGAGGGAAAGAUGAACAGGGCAAAGUAUGGAGGCGCACAAUUGGCCCAGUGUCGUCCGGGUUAGGUGGGGGGUUGGCUGGGGUAGGCCGUCAUUGUAAAAUAAGAAUUUGUUAACUGAUCCUUGAUGAAAACUUGCUCCGGAGCACUCAGGACCUCAAACUGGGGCGAAGAUUCAACUUCCAACACGUCAAUGACCCUAAGUACACAGCCAAGACAACGCAGGAGUGGCUUUGGGCAAGUCUCUGAAUGUCUUUGAGUGGCCCAGCCAAAGCUUGAAAUUGAACCCGAUCGAACAUCUCUGGAGAGACCUGAAAAUAGCUAUGCAGCGACGCCCCCAUCCAACCUGGCAGAGCUUAAGAGGUUCUGCAGAGAAGAAUGGGAUAAACUCCCCAAAUACAGAUGUGCCAAGCUUGUAGUGUCAUACCCAAGAAGAUUCUAGGCUGUAGUCGCUGCAGAAGGUGCUUCAACAAAGUACUGAGUGAAGGGUCUGAAUACUUAGAGUACCGGUCAAAAGUUUGCACAUACCUUCUCAUUCUAGAGUUUUUCUUUAUUUUGACUAUUUUCUACUUGGUAGAAUAAUAGUGAAGAUAUCAUCAAAACUAGUAAAUAACACAUCGUAAACAUAGUAAUCUCAUGCCACUAGAUAUAUAAAGGGUCAUACAGUAACCAAAAAAGUACUUAAAUUUCAGCUUUUUAUUUGCUAAAAUGUCUAAACAGUUUUUUGCUUUGUCACUAUGGGGUAUUGUGUGUAGAUUGAUGAAGCAAAAAAAACAAUUUCAUAAAUGUUAUAAUAAGGCUGUAACGUAACAAAAUGUGUAAAAAUUCAAGGAGUGGGAAUUCUUUCCGAAUGCACUGUAUUUCUAUUCCAAAACAUUUACCCACUCAGCUCCUGCAGAGUUUGAGUUCUAUGUGAGGCUUUUGGUCGGAUAACCUCAGAAUGUGUUGGUUCUCAUUCUGAUAGAAUGGCAUUAGUAGGGGCAAUUUGUAAUGAACUAUUUCAUAUGAAGGAGGGGUGGUGGAAGAGGUAGGAUAUCUGUUUGGUUAAUACGGCAUUGUUAGCUAAAUUAUGUUUCUUAUGUGAUUUUACAUCUGUAUUUUGGUGUAUUAAUUUUAGCUUAUUUAGUAGUCAGUUGCUUAGUCAUCGUGUGCCUUGUCAUGCUUGUAUGGUUUCUGUUUGAGGGAUUAAACCCCCCCCCCACA